CACAAGACGGCGAUGUAACACUUGUUACCCAAUUUACAAGAAUGCGUGGUGUUCACGCAAAGCUUACGUGAAGAAGUACGGGACUUGUCAAUGGCCUCCUCAAGGAUACCCCCUGUAACAUUAAGUCUCAAACAGUUUCUGCAGCGACAGAAAGUACUGGGUCUGUACAGAAGCAUGCUAAGGACCAUACGACAAGUGCCAAACGAGCAAGACCGCAAAUACCUGAGGGACUGGGCGAGAGAGGAGUUCAAGAGAAAUAAAGGAGCCACAGAACAGGAUGCCAUUCGUAUGAUGGUCACACAGGCGAACAUGCAUCUUCAGGAUCUACAGAAAUCUCUAGCGCUGGCCAGAAGCUAGCAACACUACAGAGGGACAUUGCAUCAUCAUCAUCACUUCUUACCGUGUUGCAUGGGACUGUGAUCUCAAAACUGACGUUUUGGGAUUUUUUUCUCACCCAGCAUCCUCGAAAGACUUUACGCAACCUGUACGUCAACGUGUAUGCUUACCUCAUUUCACUUUAAUUUACAAGCCUUUCGUUUUGCCUGUUGCUGAUGGCAGCUAGUUUAGUUGGACAGGGUGCUGUUUCUUCAAAUAUUUUAGAAGAACGUGUAAAUAAAAUGUGUAUUAACACGGGAUAUUCUGGGGUGCUGGGGCCCACAAUUCCUUGCGGCACACCUGGGCCGUGUGAAGUGUACAGAAACCUACUGUACGCAGGAUGUGAGAAACAAGAUUGCAGUACGUGGUUGUUUCAAAAUGCAUUUUAUUAAGACAUCCCGAGGUUAUCUAUUUGUGGUUUAACACAAUAAAUUAUACUUAAUUUACAA